AUGCUUCGCCUUUUGCUCGCUGUCGUUGCGACUUUAUCGUGUUGGGUAUUUUCGGUGGCUGGAUUUGGACUGGUAGUUAGCGGCAGCAACUACGUCGUGACAACGGAUGGAGGUCUCACAUUCACCGUGGCAUCCAACACUGGCGAUAUUACUUCAAUGGUUUACAAUGGAGUCGAGACUCAAUCCAAAAAUGGCAAAAACUCUCAAAUUUCUUCAGGCAUCGGCGCGAGCUGCAGUUGGCUCCAAGGUGGAAACUCCAACAACUAUAUCGUCAUAACUUGCACGACAUCUACGCUCACUCAUUACUACAUUGCUCGCCGGAACGACCCUGCCAUUCAUAUGGGCACCUAUACAUCGGCGGAGCCCAGCGUCGGAGAAUUGCGUUACAUCUUCCGCAUGGCGAAUUCUGCACUUCCCAAUGGCCCAACCGUUUCCAAUACCAUCGGCGGAAGUGCUAUCGAGGGGUCUGACGUCUAUUUAGUCAACGGGCAAACGCGCUCCAAAUUCUACUCUUCUCGUCAGUUCAUCGACGAUUCCGUCCACGCUGGUGUCUCUGGAAGCGGGAUAGCUGCAUUCAUGAUUGUGCCCGGCACGGGCUUCGAAGGCUCGUCAGGCGGACCUUUUUUCCGUGAUAUCGACAACCAGAACGGUGGUGACCAGGAGGUCUACUUCUACAUGAACUCCGGCCAUACCAAUCCCGAUGCUUUCCGACAAGGCUUCCAUGGUCCAUAUGCCUUGUGGUUCACGACUGGUGGAACACCUACGACCUACGACUACUCCUUCUGGGAACAAUUCAACAUCUCAGGCUAUGUCAAACAAGCUGGCCGUGGCCGUGUCAGCGGCAAAGCCAGCAACUUCCGCUCUCAAUUCAGCUCUCUCCUUAGCAUUGGAUGGAGCAACAGCGCUGCACAGUACUGGGUCCGCACGGAUAGCUCUGGCAACUUCGUCAGUCCAUAUAUGAAACCUGGAACUUACACCAUGACUCUGUAUGAGGUCGAGCUUGCUGUUGGCACGACCUCUGUCACAGUCUCUGCUGGAGGGACUGUAACAACCAAUAUCGCUUCUUCACUCAAGCUCCCCACCACCAUUUGGAGCAUUGGUGACUACGAUGGUACUCCUCGUGGCUUCCUCAAUGCCGACAAAAUCGAAACCAUGCACCCAAGUGACAACCGGAUGUCUUCCUGGGGCCCAAUAACCUUUACGGUCGGGAAUGGCGUCAAUGGUUUCCCCAUGGCAAUCUUCAAGACCAUUGGUUCUGUUACAAUUCGAUCGACGCUAAGCUCUUCUCAAAUCGGAGCACGCACUCUUUAUAUCGCCACCACCCUUGCGUUUGCUGGAGGCCGCCCCGUUGUCACCGUUGGAAGCUUCACGAGUUCUACUCCCGCCGUCCCAACCCAACCCGACUCGCGAGGCGUUACUCGAGGAACCUGGCGCGGAAAUAAUAUCCUCUAUACCUAUUCUAUUCCCUCCGGCGCACUUGUCGCUGGCACAAACAACUUUGUCAUCAGUGUUGCUUCAGGCUCGGGGGGAGAUAGCUUCCUAUCCCCCAACAUUGUUUUCGAUUCGAUCUGGUUAGCGUAG